GCGCUUGAUACGCUUUGUCUUCCACGCAUCUUGCCAUGGAUGACAAGACGUUGGGCACUGCCACAGGAGGCAGGGGCGAGGAUUUCUUCUGCAUUUUGCACGGCGAACUUCUGGUGGCAGCUCUACCGGGCUGCGUCAAGGUCUUUCGUGGAACACCUGGUGCUUGGAGCGAUGGAUGGGAGCUCCGUAGGAUUCCCGAAAGCAUUGUGUAUGAUGUCUCGAUUGAUGUCUCCGGAACCUUUGUGGCAAGUGCCUGGCAGGAUGGCACCAUCGCUGUCGAUGCAGUGGAGACGAUUCCAGGGGCCCAAGUCCGUUCUUGGAAAAGCUCCAUGCCAAAGCCGGUGUUGAGCAUUGCCAUCUACCCAGGCUACGCAGAGGCUCCAGGCCGGCGAGUGGUUUGCUGCGGUGGACAGGACGGGCGCCUUGUGCUGAGCCGCCGUGGUGCACUUGAAGCAAAGCAUGCGACGCUUCACUUGGGCGAAGGACCUAUAAGCUGCGUUCGUUGGCGGGGACCCUUGGUGGCAUGGGCCACAGCCAAGAGCGUGAAGCUGGUGGAUGUGGACACUCAUCAGAAGGUAGGAUUCAUUCCGUGCUCAUCAGCCCAGACUGGCGGGGGCCACCUCUGUUGGCUCAGUGACACAGCCCUUCUUAUUGGCUGGGAUCAGGAGGUGCUCUUAGUGGAGCUGCGACAAAUGGGUGAUGGUGUGGCAGUGCACUUUGCGGAGGUUCUGCGGAAGAUGCCUGUUCCUGGCGAGCUAGUGAGGCAACUGGCACAGCUGGACAGUGCCUUGACACCUUGCCCCACAGCCUUGAUGGCUGCUCUGGCACGAUGGCCUAGACGUGCCAAGCCAACUGCUGCGCUCAUGGCCAAUUUGCAGCGGGCGCUUCGCCCUGGGGAGAAAAGCCUUGAAGGAUGUCUUAGCUGGGAGCCACAGGGUGAUGAGCCAGAGGAACAGGCUGCAGAAGUCCUCGCUUCUUUGCACGAGACACGAGGUGAUGUGGAAACUGCGGCACGGCUCCUGGCACGAGCCAAGAGCCCUCGAGUCUUUCCCUUGCUGAAGAAGCACCUGCCUGCAGGCCACUUUUCUGGAGCCGCUGCAGCGCUCCCACAGCUGGUUGCCUUGGAUACAGCUGAGGCGAUUCGCCUAGCAGCUGAGUUUCCUAGCACUUUCCCACCUGCGGAUGUGCUUGCAGCACUGGUGCCGCUUGGAGAGUGUUGGGAGCUGCGAUAUUUGAGGAUCCUGUCAGAGACCGCUCCCGAUGUCGCAAACUUGGGACGGCUGGUGGAAUUGAUGGCAGCCUUGCAGCCCCACCGCCUUGCGUCGCUGCUAGACAAGCUUUUGCAGGAGCAAGCAGUUGGUGCACAGGAAGCCUUGGAGGUCAGCUGGGCAGCAGGCGCGCUUGAUGCUUCAGCUGUUGCAGUGGCAGCGUUGGGUCACACCCGAGAGGCCUUCGAUCUGCUGCUGCAGCAGGGGCUUUCCAAAGCUCUGGAGUUGGAAGGGAAGGCACAAGGAGAUGCCUUCGAGCUAAAGGAGCAUCUCUUGACUCUGGCAGCGCAAGAUGCUCACAUCUGCGGAAGGCUCUUGAACGAGAACGACUUGCCCAUCAAGGCAGUUGAGAUCUUCCGAUCGAUACCACCAGGCCUUGCAGUGCCAGGCAUUAGUGUUUUGGCACUGAAGGCACUGCAGCGAGCAGAAAGCGUUCGGACGCCCGGCUUGACCAGCUUGUGUGAGCACGAAGACAUGGAUGAGACAAGCCCAAAACAUGUCUAGAGUCGAGAGGACCUGCUUGAAGACAUGUUUAGAAUCUACUUGAGCUGCUUUGAAUGUUGCAGAGUGCA